AUGUUGUUGACGGACUGCAUUGUGCGGCUGCCGCCUACGGCUGCGAUUCUGCUUCUCUCAAAUUUCUUCGCCCUCACCGAGGCCGGCGCUUUCCCCCGCCAGACAGAACAAGUUCACAUUGCCUUCCGGACAUUGAACGUCCGUAACUGGCCACUGGAAACGCCAGCACCAUGGCUGGGUAUUAUAAGGAGGCAGGACGACAGCACCAACACCGUGUGCGGUUAUCUUGGUGGUGACCCAAAUCUGCCGGCGACAUGCUCUGCUGGCUCCCAUUGCGCCAUGGACGCUUCCGUCUCUGCCGUCGGCUGCUGCCCGAACGGUGCCGCCUGUACGACGGGCGUAUAUACUAGCUGCGUCGACGACAACAGCCCCACUCAAACGGCUUCGAAUCCGUACAUCUUCACUUGUCAGGGUUCCAAUGUCUGCUACCGCAACAGUUUUGCGGGAGGUGCCUACCAAUAUGGAUGCGGCACCGCAGGUCAGGGCACUACUGUUGCUGCCACUGCGUCAGGACUCAGUACUACGGUUACUAUUACGCAUAUUUCGGGUCUCGUCACGAGACAGGAAACCGCUUCUUCGAGUGGCUCCUCCUCCAGCAGCACAAUCUCGUCGACAAGCUCCUCGACGUCGUCAAGCACUUCGAGCUCAAGCUCGAGCUCGAGUUCGAGCUCAACGUCGAGUUCAUCUUCGAGAACUUCUACAAAAUCAACGGCAUCGUCAACCUCGUCCGCGCCAGCAGCUACCAGCAGCGCUCCACCACCAGUGAAUGCUGAGGCUGCAGCGGCGGGGUUGAGACGUAAUGGGGGCAUCAUCGGCGGUGUAAUCGGCGGCUGCGCGCUCUUUGUGGCCCUAGUCUCUGUGGCUCUCUGGAUGCGGAAGCGUAAGCGUGGGAACAAGCGCCAAGGUCCUGGUACAGGCAAAGGUCCCACUUACAUCCCGGAGACCAACCAGAAGGACUUUGCACCUGUGCCCGGCGGCGAGAUGAUGUUCGACCAGGCAGGCUACGGACAUCCGUCCAUGAUGCCCGGCGCACACGGCACAACCACCUCAAUCAGCGGAGGUAGGUCCACCACCACGCCGCCGUCUUCUGCUCCAGGGGGCUACAACCCCGCGAGUGGCGCCUCUGCGUCCGGCGCAUCCCGCUCCACUGUCGACAAUAUCCCUCUCACGCAUCAAGGCGAGAUGGAAGAGUUUUCACAAGGCUAUAAUGACGCCGUUGGGCGUGAAAACGAGGGGCACCGGGCGAUCAGCUCGGGUACCGACAAUGGCGCGGGGCAUGGGAACCCCUACGGCGCUGGCGCUGGCGCAACGAAUGCCGGCCACCGGCCUGAAGGAUCCGAGGAGAGACCGUUGUGGCAGCAGAACCGAAGGCAGAGCCGGAACCUGAUGUGGAUGUGA